AUGUCGGCUCUGCAGACCUACAUGCUGGUCGUGGACCACGACAAAGAAGAAGCCAAGCGCAUUGCCGAGGGCAUCGCGCAUGAAGUGAUUAUAGAUGUCGAAACUAAGAAGGUGACUUUGAUUGACACUGUGCAAUCACUCGGCGAAUACAUCAAUGACGAGGAUCCGAUUUUGCGCGGAAAAGCGAUUUCCUACCUCACAGCCGUUAUCUCUGCCUUUUCGCCGAAGUAUCUCUCGAGACAACAGAUUCAAGUUCUGACCACAUUCUUCUGCGAUCGGAUUGAGGAUGGAGGUGCUGUUGCUGGAUUGGAGGUCUUGCAGGGCCUGGACCGAUUCAACAGGUUUUUGGCUACACAGGUAGCACAAGCUAUUUUUUCCAAUUUCCAAGAUCUCCAGUCUCGGUCUCAAACACAGCGAUUCCACGUCUAUCAAUUGCUCAAUGAUCUGAUGUCAAAUCACCGCGCAGCUAUGCGUGACAUGGGAGAUAUCUCACUUCUUGGUGUUGUUGAUAUCAUGACCGGCGAGAAAGACCCCAGAAAUUUGAUGAUUGUAUUCUCUAUCCUGAAGGUGGUGAUGAUUGAAUGGGAUAUCUCGAACCACACCGAGACACUUUUUGACUCAGUAUAUAACUACUUCCCAAUUACGUUCCGACCUCCACCCAACGAUCCCUAUGGAAUUACUUCACAGGAUCUAAAGGGCCGUCUUCAGGAGUGCAUCUCUUCGACAAGGCACUUUGCUCCCCAUGCUUUCCCAGCAUUGCUGGACAAGCUUGAUUCUACCUCUCCUAACGUAAAGAAAGAUGCACUCAGUGCAUUGAUCGCCUGUAUCCAUUCAUACGACCCCGACACAGUGUCUAAAUUUUCCAUUACCAUAUGGGAUGUCCUCAAGUUUGAAAUUCUCAACGCCCAGGAGGAAUUUCUCUCUGAAAGUUCUCUUGAGGCGCUGCAAGCAAUCACUAAGCGUCUAUCUGAAGGUGUCACUGAAGUAUCACAGGACUUGCCUCUUGCGAAGUACCUGCAGCCCAUUACCAAGGAGUGUAAUGAGCAACUUCAAGAGCCCCAAAACAAGAAAGCCAAGCCUUCUCAAUCGAUUCUUAGCUGCGUGUCGGCCGCUUCACCGGUGUCCUUUACAUUGGUUGUUCGAACAGUUGUACCUCCGAUCUUCACACUAUACCAAGAGGCGGAUGGGAUUGUCAAACAGAGGGCACUCCUUGAGACUUUGAACAUCUUGUUUGAGUGUGCGACAACCGUAUUUGGUCAAUGGACCACCCGAGGAGGCGAGAUCACCAUCGAUAACCCACUGCUUGAAUUCAGAGAUCAGUUUUCAGAGAUCUUUGGCCAGGUACUGAUGGGUGCGGCCAAGGAGGAAGUUUCCUUCCGAGUCACUGCCUUGAAGGGAUUAUUGCGUCUGUCGACGUUGCGUGAUUUCUUCCAGGACAAUGAGAUUGGGCUUUUCGUGCAAUACCUGGAUGAGAUCCUUCUUAAGGAGGAGUCCGUAGGCCGGGACGACUUGAAAAAAGAAGCAAUUGCUGCCCUUGCUGAGAUUUCCAAGCACAAGCCUAGGCUGAUCAUGGACAUCACUUUCCCGGCAUUUGUGGCAACUUUGCCCGAGGAAGAUCAGGGCUCCGAAGCUUUAUACCUGCCAACACUCGAGACACUAGCGCAGAUCAGUGUCGAGAGAGAUAUUUUUGAGACACUGUUCCGCCGCCUGUUCAGCAAGCUGUCUAUCUUGCUACAGAAGGAACAGCCCGGAUCAGUGGCCUACCCUCGAGCCAUCCUGGUUACCCUGCUUUACGUGAUGCAGCAGAGGAACAUGGAGCAAGAUCAGAGCAUUGAUCUGUACUUCGAAAAAAUCGUGGUUGGACUUUGCCGCGACGUGGCAGCAUCUGCCUCUGGCACGGCGAACAACCGGAUCCUCAAUGAUCCUACUGUCCUUGAUACUUUGGGCCGACUUUGCAAUUUGCUUGUGCGAUCUGUUUCAAUGGAGAAGCAGGAGCAAGUUGCCGAGAAUGUUUACAGUCUCUUUACCUUAAGCGAUGACUUUGUGCCUGUCCCAUUCACUCAAACUCCCAGCGCAGACCAACAACGCACAAUUAUCAUUUCUACGUAUCUGCUUGCAGGACUAUCAAAAGACUGCGCCAGCCGACUCCCACAUACCACCCCGGACAUGUCGGCUUUGCUAUUGGAUUUGGUUCAGCGUUCUGUGUCGAGCACAGAACCCGCGAUCCAUCAAGCAUACUUGCGUCACCUGGCCUUGCUUGUCAACAAGUUCUUGUCUAAGCAGGAUUUACCAAUCGCUGAGAAGCUGUUCGAUUCUCUCCUCGAGAGUCAAGAGACAGAAUCAAAGAGUCUCAGCCCGGCGAAAAUUCGCACCAUCUUCUGGCUAGCAAAAGCGCUGGUCCUACGCAUCGCCCCCACCACCACCCACGUUCUGACCUCACUCCUCGCUCUUAUCUCCUCCCCAGACCAGCAAACCAGCGUCACGGCAGCGCAGGCCUUUGCCAUCAUCCUCGGCGAGGACGACAUUAUCUCUGCAACAAACGGUGCCACUAUUCGUCUUCUCUGUAGACAGCGCCUUUUCACAACUGUCAUCCCUCUGAUAUCCUCGCGCAUCCGCGAAGUCAACAUCGCAGGGAACAACGAUUCUGCUGCCGUCACAAAAGCACCAGAGCACAUUAAGCCGGCCCAUCUCACAGCCCUUUCUGGAAUUCUCUCCACCAUUCCCACAGCACUAGUCAUGCCAGAACUUCCCACAUUGCUGCCCCUCCUCCUGCAAUCACUCGAUCUCCAGACUGCUGGCUCUGUGGCUGUCCGUGCAGCAACACUCGAUACUCUGGCCGUCAUCAUCCGUGACAAUGGCGUUGCAGUCAUCGAUCAAUGCGGCCACGUCCAGAGUCUCGUCACGAGACUGCUCAAGACAACGGUUACAAACACCGGCCCUGGCGCUGUCAACAGUCCCAGCCUCCGUGCAGAUGCUUUGAAAUGUCUCAACCUCCUCGCUGUACACCAGUCUCCUCCUGGUACAACUCCCAAGACCCGUGCUCCACCGGCCAUCUCGCCAUUGUUGCCUGUCAAGAACCAAGUUCUAAGAUCCUUGCGCGCGGUCCUCGAUGAUCCCAAGCGCGAUGUUCGUAAGGCAGCGGUUGAUGCCAGAGGUGCCUGGAUACGUGGUGUGGACGAUGCACCGGAAGAAGACGAAUGA